CCUCAGCAAGAACAGUUCACCGGCAAAUAAACCAGACUGGGCAAGAUAAACAGCAAUCGAUCUUGAAACAACUACCCGAAGGAGCUAAGCUUUCAAUUGCACUUGAUUGCUGGACAUCACCGUUCUCCCAGGCCUUUAUGGCUAUUACUGGUUAUUUUAUUGAUCUGAACUGGGACUACCGAGAGUUUCUACUAGGUUUUGAACCUCUAGAAGGUACUCAUUCUGGGGAAAAUCUAUGCUCAGUUCUUCUAAAGCGGCUUCAGGACUACAAUAUCACCCAUCGAAUCUUAGCAAUUACCACUGACAAUGCUUCGAAUAACCAAACCUUGAUAGAUCGUCUGAAUGAUGAGAUUGAAACCCUAGCAGAGGUAACCGGUGCACCAGUCGUUCGAGUUCCAUGUAUUGCACAUGUGAUUCAAUUAAGUCUCAAGGGUCUUCUGGUUCAUAUGAAGCUAGAGCCAAGCAAUGAGUCUGCUGAGAGGGAGUUCAAACCCCGUCCGACCGAUGGGAAUAAGGAUAUUCUCGCGACACUUAAUAAAGUCCGGGCCUUUGCAGUCUUUGUCAAUGCUAGUUCUCAACGCCGUGACGCAUUUUUGAAGCUUCAAUCAGGGGAUACAGCCCUAGUCCCAAUCCAAGAUGUGAAGACUCGCUGGAAUUCAACAUUUUUAAUGCUCCGCCGUGCAAAACGGAUCCGCUCUGCUCGGACGGAAAAAAGUGGCCUGGAAACAAGCAAUGCGACAAGCUCUUGAGGCAGGAAAGCAGAAGCUAUCGGACUAUUAUAGAAGGACGACACAAGCCCACGGUCAUCUCUAUGCAAUUGGCACGAUCCUUGCCCCAUCGAAUAAGCUUAAUUACUUCUCUCGGCCUGAAUGGUCUGAAAAUGGGUAUGAAUGACGUGAAAGAUACCCGAAUAGUUUCCAUGACUAUAUCCGACCAUACCAGAUUCGACCAAAAUCUGUCGGUCGCGAUUCACCUUCCCAUGCAGAAAAUUAUACGCAAAUCGAUACCGCUGGAGUUCCGACCCUGAGCACGGGAGGCGCAUUCCGUUGAGGUAGACGCGGCCGUAGAAUUUGGGAUCAAGGAUGAGAUCCCCGGCGUCGGUUUCCAGGAUGUCCGA